AUGGACGGGUUUCUGACACCCGCAACGAGCACGCUCCAGGAGGCCGCGGGCGCCAGUAUGGCCGACUCACUGACCCGCUCAAUGAUGUCGGAUGGCGAUGAAACCACCCUGGCGGACAUCAGUGUUGAUUUCAGGGCACUUGCCGCAAACAUGGUCAAUAAAGAUGACCUCCGCAGCCUCUCUGAUACCCUUCAUGCAGCGAUCCGCACAGAGGUAAUCGCGCUCCGGUCAGACAUGACGGAGCAUUACAGCAGGCUGCAGCACCUGGAAGCUACCACACAGGCUUAUACAGCUCAAGCUGAGGCCUCUACUCUUGCCAUAACCAGGCAGGGGAAUAUGCUGCUCACCCUGAGACGUCACACCGAGGACCUAGACAACAGAGGCCGCAGAGUGCGUGGCCUGCCGGAACCAGCCGGCGAGGAAGAUGUGGAGGCUAUACUGCGCACACUUUUCAGAGGAAUCCUAGGAGCUGAAGCCCCGGCCACAAUUAAGUUUGACGGGCGCACAGAGCUAACAGGCUACGCACAACUGAUGGGACGCCACAAGAUAUUAUAUGCUGUAUGCACCAAUAUAAGUUAA